AUGACCAGAUUAAAGAUUGCGCAACUAGUUCUUGUACUAACUUUCUCUUAUGUAAAUCUUGUGUCUUCAGACUUAUUAAAUAUAAGUGAUAUAUACAAUUCAAAAUUACCGAUAGUCGAAUAUGCUGAAAAUGGAAUGACUAAGAUAAAAAUAUAUCCUACCAAUAACCAACCAAUUAGAAAGGUUUAUGAUGGAGAAAAAUUGGUAUGGUCUGCUCUGUUAGGUGAGAAAUGCAGAAUGAUUACAAUUACAAAAUUUAAAUAUUCUGGAGAAGUAAUUGUCGAUAUUGAAAUUGAUUUUCCGGCAUCUACGUCACAAAAGAUAUAUUGCAAAAGAAAAGAUGAAUAUUUUGAAAUUGAUCAAAAAACUUAUCAAGAAAAGAUUUUAAGUCUUAGUACUAUACAAAAAGAAGACAAUACAAAGAUUUUUCAUCCUAAAACUGAAUACUAUCCCAUACCACCGAUCCCUUCAACACGUCAAAGGAACAAAAAAGGGUUUUCAAAACAUCCAAAAGGUAAGAAUAAGAGAAGAAAGUAUGUUACUCCUUCAAAUGAAGACACUGAAACUUCUUCAGAAACUGAAGAAAUUCUUAAGUUCAGAUAUAAUGAAAGACCAACUCAUUCAAGAGAACACACAGGUCACACAACCAGUUCAUUAUCAGAUACAAUAAGUAAUUCAUCUGGAUUGCAAGUAGAGGUGCCUCUGGAACGAAGAAUUAAAAAACCCCAGAGGAGACAAGCUAACAUAUCAACUCAAGUUUAUCAGGAAGAACUAGAACCUGAAAUUUUUGAAUUGGAAAUAUCAUCAGACAGUGAUAUGGAUGUUGAUGAACCUACUCACUCCCAUAUACAAUCCGAUGCUAUUACUCAAACAGAUAUACCAACUAAAGAAAGCUCUACCCAAACAGAUAUCCAACAAACGCAAGAUAUUGAAACUCAAACAGAAAAUACAAAUGGUUCAUCUCUUCCACUUAAGAAAAGACCAUAUAAACCAGAUUAG